AUGGAUGUUACGAGAACACUCCCAGAGAUGAUCAAAGUACAUGACCCAAAAGGGAAGGUAUUAGAACAGCGAGUACAAUAUGAUUGGAGACCUAAGUAUUGUCAAACAUGCUGUCAAUUGGGGCAUAACUGUAAGGAACCAAAGGUAAUGAGGAAUAACAUUAUGGGGACAAAGGCAGAAGUGAAGCAGAGGCAAGAAUGGAGAAAAGUGAAAGUCCUGGAUCCAAAAGUAGAUAAAAUUGAUGCUCAAGGAAGGUUCAUUGAACAAAUUGAGGAGAUAGAGCAGGAACACGUGAACAAAGAAGUGGAUGAAGUACAAUGGCAAACUGUCGAGGGAAGAUCAGCAAUAAAGAAACAUACAGAAGCAAUAAGAGGGGAACAAGUUGACAUUGGCAAUGCAUUUAAAGCCCUGGUGGAUACUGCACAGAAGAUUGUCCAGAUAUCUGAGGCUCAAGAAGAUAGGGCCAGAUCAAAGGGUGCAGAAUGGGGAGCCUGGAAUGUUAGGGGACUGAAUAAGUUGUACAAACAAAAGGAGUUAAAUUUUUUUUGCAAAAUUAAUAAGGUGGUAUGGAUAGCUAUUAUUGAACACAGAGUAAAAGAAGGGAAGGCUGAAUCAGUUAAACAAAAGAUUUUAAAAAACUGGAGAUGGGUAGAUAAUUAUGAGGAGGCCCCGGGGGGAAGGAUAUGGAUAGCAUGGGAUUCUCAGCAAGUAUAUUUCAAGAUGGAGAAGCAGAAUGACCAAUUCAUAUUAGGGAAUGUGACAAUGAUACAGCAGAAGGUUCACAUCCAUAUUUGUGCAGUAUAUGGGAGAAAUACAGUGCUAGAAAGGAAGAGAUUAUGGGAAAAGCUGAAAGAAGAAAUAAUACAAAUCAAGCAGCCAUGCUUGGUUAUGGGGGAUUUUAAUACAAUAUUAAGGGGUGAUGAAAGAUAUAAUGGGUGCCCAGUACAAGAGAUGGAGACAAAAGAUUUUAAACAGUUUAUGACAGAUACUAAAUUGGUAGAAGUAAAGACAGUGGGGAGACAGUAUACUUCGACAAAUAAUCAUGUCCAUAGCAGGAUAGACAGAGUAUUAGCCAAUGCUGAGUGGAUACAAAGAUGGCCAAAUAUGGAAGGGGUAGUUAUGAAUCCAAGCUUUUCAGAUCAUUGCCCACUAAGUAUAGUACUUGGUAGUAAUAACCUAGAUGGAGGGAGACCAUUUAGGUUCAUCAAUUGCCUAGCAAAUUUGGUAGAAUUUAACCAAGUAGUAAAGAAUUGA